AUGCCUAUAUUGGAUGUUUUUGAUACAAUUUGGUUCCGUUUGCAAAGGUUAGAUUUGUACAGAUUAUAUGGCUCUGUAGAAGGCGACGUAUGGGUAGAAAUGGGCAAUGCCAUUAUAGCUCUUAAUAAUCCCGUUAAAUUUGGGGAAGAAAUAUCAAAGAGUUCAGAUAUUUAUCGUUUGUGGAGCAAUGUGAGGCAAUGUUUGGGAUGUAAAGGACACAAAUGUACAGUAUUUAUUCGUCAAUUUGCACCGACUGAUUCAGCAGAAAAUUUUCAUUUCUAUGAGAAUGGCUUGAAGAUUCUCCGACAAUUACGCCAUCCGCAUAUUACUAAGUACAUUGAUUGCGCGGUAAAUAAACAUGAGAUAUGGUUGCUGACAGAACGAAUUCAAAUUCUUGAUUUAGCAAUUAGUAACUUAUCACCGAUCGAAAUUCAUUCUGGACUUACUCAUAUCCUCAGUGCAUUGAUUUUUUUGCACAAUAAAGCAUAUAUCUGUCAUAACAACGUCUGCCCUUAUUCGAUAUAUGUUACUUCAGAUGGACAAUGGAAAUUAGGUGGGUUUGAAUGUGCGCAAAAAUUGGUGAAUUCGAAACACUGGGUACAAACUGAUUUUGUACAUUCAAUAAAAAUAGCAGAGUUUGCUCCAGUAGAAGAUAAGCCUAUGCUUCAGAUGAUGGUAUCAGUUGAUAUUCCACCAACUGCUCGAGAUGUUUUCGCCUUCGGAAAAUUAAUUUUUUAUGCACUGCCUUAUUUAGAAAAGCAUUUGAUGACAGAAACAGUUGAUUGUUUACAAAGAGUUGCUCAUCGUUUGACUGAAAAUGAUGCACAUAAACGAGGUGAAUUGAGUGGUUUGCCAACUUCAUAUCCAGAGGCCUUCUCUAAUCAUUUGACUGUCGCAGUUGAUUUCUUGCAAAAUAUUCAUGCAAAGUCUUGUGCAGAAAAGCAAGACUUUUUUGCGACAAUCGUCAGCCAAUUAAAGGCAUUACCAGAAGAAGUAAUUGGGCGACGUCUUGUACCUUUGUUGCUUUCCAGACAUAUUCUUCUUGAUUCUGUUGCUCAAGAAAAAUUGAUUCCUAUUGUUCUGCAACCUACAGGUAUUUUAAUAGCAUCAAUUGAAUACUUGAUUUUUCCCUAUACUUGUUUGAUUUUACAGAGCCAUAAUGUACUUUUAAUGAAUACAUUUUAUGUUCAUUUAAAAAUUUUUGAAGUAAGCAAUGAAGGCAAAGAUGGUUUAUUAUGCGAAUCAUCGUUUCAAAAAUGGAUUAUUCCGGAGUUGGUGAAAAUAUUUGCAGUUCAUGAAACAGCAGUUCGUCUGGCUCUUCUUUCAUACUUUCAUUUAUAUAUGCGUUAUUUUUCUCGGUCUCAGCUUGAAAUGGUAUUAUACGAGCUUUCUCUUGGAAUGCAGGAUAAGCAAGAUAAGAUUGUUAGUGCUUCGCUUCAUUCGAUGGCACAUUUAGUGGAAGUGAUUGGUGGAGAAGCUGUAACUGGUUUAACUCGUAAAAAAAUUUUUGCUAAUGGCAGACCAAAAGUAUGCUUUAUUUUAAUGAUAAGUAGUAUUAUAAUCUUGUGA